GCAAAAUCAUCUUGACACAGAUAAGUGAAAAAGCAUAGGACAAUGAUAGGGCCGGGCUCUUCAUGUGGAGCAUGCAAGUUCCUAAGAAGAAAGUGCAUGAGUGAAUGCGUGUUUGCACCUUACUUCUGCUAUGACCAGGCUGCAACCCACUUCGCAGCAGUGCACAAGGUGUUUGGCGCAAGCAAUGUUUCAAAGCUAUUAUUACACCUACCAGUACAGAAUCGAAGUGAUGCUGCUAUCACUAUAUCUUAUGAAGCACUGGCUCGGAUGCGGGAUCCUGUAUAUGGUUGUGUUGCUCAUAUUUUUGCACUUCAACAACAGAUAGCCAGCUUACAAGAGGAGAUAGAAAUUCUUGGGCACCAAAUGGCUAGUCUUACAGUUGGCAUUGCUAGUCAUGGAAGUUCACAAACAACUUCAACCCCAAACUGUGAGAUACAGAUUUCUUCGCUUCAAGACGCCAUCAACAUGAAAUAUUAUGAGAAUCAAUCAGCUGCACAAGUGAACAAUUCAGGAUAUGCAACUGGAAACCAAGCUUCUGACAGCCAAAUGGAUGCGCAAUUGCCUCCUUUUUAUGAAUGGGAACACCAAAACCCUUCCUGUGAAUCCCACCCAAAUUCUUUAGACAGACUCCUUGAAGAAGUGGAACAAGAGAUCUUCCCAUAUUGUUCAUGGUUUGACAGUGGAAACAAUGCAAACUGAUGCCAAAC